AUGUUUUUCGUAGGCGCGAAUAUUAUAUGUGAAGACCUAACAAAAGAGGAAUGCUCAUUUGCGAUUUCUUCUUGGGGAAAGAGAUGUGUAUUGGAGAAUUUUGAAGAUAAAAAAGGUAGAGUGGCAUACCAAUGCCGAACAUCAGAAGUUGUGGUGGAAAGCAUCGAUAUCAUGUCAUCGUUAGGCGGCGGAGGAGGGUACAUUGAGACAGAGGAAUGUGUUAAGGCUUGUGGCGUUAAUAGAAAUGCCACAGGUAUUUCUUCCGACGCAUUGCUUGAUAAGCACUCGGUCGUCACUCUUUGCUCCCCACAGUGUUACUACAAAUGCCCUAACAUCGUCGAUCUUCACUCCAACUUAGCCAUUGGUGAAGGAGUAUCGUUGGGGGAUCUAUGUGAGCAACAACGUAGCCAUCCUGAUCGGAACAUGAUUGAGCUCCUAAGCUCAAGUGGUGUCGCUGAUGGUCCAGUGGGAAGUAACAAGCAUCGUCUGUUUAGUGCCGCCCCAUCCCCUUUUUCGUUCUAGUAAUUAAUUUUAGGUGUUGCUC